AUGAUUGUAAAAAAAAACAGGAAAACGUUAACGCACUAUACGUGGCUCGCCCUGUUAAUAGUCCCAAGCUUGUACUUUAAGAAUUUACUUUUUGACAAUUAUUUUAGCCUAAAAUUUGACAAAUGCAAAAAAAAGAUGUACAGCAUAAAUCCGGUUAACCACAUGUCUUUACCAAACAGCGAUGCCGAUUUUAUGAGUGACUAUAUUUUUCCCGACAAUGUUCACUAG